CCCCACUUCCCAGGAACGUUUCAAGUUUCUUGGCGUUUGCUGAUUUUGAGGCCUACAACGGCACCCCCAACAGAAUUCAGAAUAGAGAGGGAGAGAAGGAGAGAGAGAGGAAGGGAGGGGGAGAAACACUGAUGUGAGAGAGAAGCAUUCACUGGUUGCUUCCUGUACGCACCCAAACUGGGAAUUGUACAUGCCCAGACUGGGGAUCGAACCUGCCACCCAGGGGCCCGACAAUGUCUUUGUACGGUGGGACUGCUUGCAGGAGAAAAUCUUUUUGGUGCUACAGGCUGCUGUCGACCUAUAUCACUAAGACCCGGUAUUUAUUUGAACUGAAGGAAGAUGAUGAUGCAUGUAAAAAAGCCCAGCAGACAGGAGCAUUUUACCUCUUUCAUAACCUGGCUCCUUUGCUUCAGAAAUCAGAACAUCAAUACCUGCUGCCCCAGUAUAGCCUAGUAGAGUUGGAAAAGCUCCUGGGAAAGCUUGGACAGGAUACACAAAGAGUAGAAGAUUCUGUGCUGAUUGGAGGCUCUGAACAGCACGAAGCAUGGUUUGCUCUGGACCUGGGUCUAAACAACUCCUCUUCCACGAGUGCUUCCCUACAGAAACCAGAAGUGGAGGCAGAGCUCAAGGGGUCUUUCACUGAGUUCAGGGAGGCUCUCUUUCGGCUGAAUGCGAAGGAUGCCUCCUUGCUAUCCACAGCUCAGGCCCUCCUCCGCUGGCAUGAUACUCAUCAGUUCUGCAGUAGAAGUGGGCAGCCCACCAAGAAGAAUGUGGCUGGCAGCAAGCGUGUGUGCCCUUCUAAUAAGAUCAUCUAUUAUCCACAGAUGGCUCCUGUGGUGAUCACGCUGGUGUCAGAUGGGACUCGAUGCCUGCUUGUCCGCCAGAGUUCCUUCCCCAAGGGAAUGUACUCUGCCUUGGCAGGUUUUUGUGAUAUAGGUGAAAGUCUGGAAGAGGCUGUCCGGCGAGAAGUAGCAGAAGAGGUGGGCUUGGAGGUGGAGAGACUGCAGUACUCUGCAUCCCAGCACUGGCCCUUUCCUAACAGCUCACUCAUGAUUGCCUGUCACGCAGCUGUGAGUCCUGGACAGACAGAGAUCCAGGUGAACUCGAGAGAACUAGAAGCAGCUGCCUGGUUCAGUCAUGAUGAGGUGGUCAUGGCCUUGAAGAGAAGUAACCCAUAUACUAAGCAACAGAAUGGAACUUUCCCAUUCUGGCUGCCCCCUAAGUUAGCCAUUGCUCACCAGCUGAUUAAGGAGUGGGUGGAAAAACCAACCUAUCCUUCCCUGCCUGCUUAGCUCAAACCAGGCCACCUACACCCCUCCCUCAGCAUCUCAGAGGGGCGUAUCAAAUGUCAGUCGAGAAUGAGAGGUGACAAAAUGCCAUAUGCGGCCAAACUCAUGUUAAGGAAGAGAAUAAGGCAAGCCAACAGCAAGACCCCUCUCCCAGCGGUGUUAGUGAAAGCUGUUCCUACUCACGGGCAAGCAGAGAUGCCAGAGUAAGAAGAGAGACUACUGGGAUGCCAACCGUCAAAGCCAGGGGGAAGGCCAUGGCUUCAGUUCAGAUGGAGGCCCUUGUUCACCCAUCUUCUCCGAAACCUUGGGUGCAAACAACUGAUGGCAUGUGGCUUGUUAAUGCUGGGUUUAUAUCUAACUGCCAAAAUGUGCCUGGUAUAAUUUUGGUUAAAACUUUUACUAUUAAAAAAUAUAUAGCAAAUCUCAA